CGUUUUUCUUUCAUGACGGUGUCUUUCACCAACAACAAAGCAAAACAGACACGAAUCCAAUUCUCAGCUCUUCACUCUUCUUCGCUACGCGCUACUCCCUAAAUGCGUUGAUUUUUGAUCAUUUCACUUCCCCAGAAAACAAAGGGAAGAGAAAAAUGUGCUCUUCUGCUAGUUCACCUCCUUCUUGUCUCUUCCUUCGCACCACUUCUACUCGCCCUCUUUUAGGAAGCCGUUGUCUCUCUCCAUACUCAUUUUUCAGAUCCAACAACCCUAGGAUUAUCCGCCUGUCUGCUUCCGUCGCCGACAGCCACCUCGACCUCUCUUGGUUCUCUCCUGGUCAUUCCUCCAACGACGACGGCUAUAACGGUUGGGCUGUUGUCGAAGCCCCUCCCCGGAGUUGUAAGAAGAAAGGCUUUCCUACAAUUCUGCUUGGUGGCGGGACUUGCGUCGCCGCUCUGGUCGCUGCAAUUGCCUACUUCUCCCUCUCUAGAAAAGGGUUUAAGUUGCAAUUUCAUAGUCCCUUUCGCGCUUUGCAUGGGAUGAUGAGUCCAGUUGAUAGCAAAGCAGAUAAAAUUGAAGCUAAGAACUUGAGUACUGGCGAUUCUGAUGAAAAUGCAGUCGUGGCUGAGGGAAGCAUAGGAUUUAUGCCUGAAGAAAAUGGGGAAACUAUAACUUCAGUGUCUGCACAGAAGCUUGAACGAGUUAAAGUAUCAGUUCCUGUGGAUUCUACUCAGCUGGAAGCUCUAUCAGUUUUGAAGAAACUUAAGAUCAUUGAAGAUGAUGUAAGGGCUGAGGAAUUGUGCACUAGAAGGGAAUAUGCAAGAUGGUUAGUCCGACUAAAUUCAUUAUUGGAAAGGAAUCCAAAGCAUAGACUUGUUCCAUCUAUGUUACUUUCUGGUUCUGUAGUUGCUGCAUUUGAUGAUGUGAAUGUUGAAGAUUCUGACUUUGAUUCCAUCCAAGCCCUUGCAGAAGCUGGCAUCAUACACAGCAAGCUUUCAGGGACCAAUUGCGGUUCUGACAGCUCAAAUGGAGAUCUAAGCUUCUUCUUUUACCCUGACAGGUUUAUUUCUCGGCAGGAUUUAAUCAACUGGAAAGCUCAGUUAGAGUAUAGGUUCAUGCCAGAAAUGACAGAACAGAUGUCAAGAAUAAAGGUAGAUUACAUGGAUGUGAAGGAGAUCAGUUCAGAUGCUUCAGCUGAACUCCUGAUCGACUUGUUGGCUGGAGACCAGAGUAUAAUCAGAAAAGUUUUUGGACAGAGUAGGCGGGUUCAACCAAAUAAACCUUUGACAAAAGCACAAGCAGCAGUGGCAUUGACCAGUGGCAGGAUGACAGAAGCUAUUUAUAAUGAAAUAUUAAGAUUGGAAGCUGAAAAUUCAUCAAGGCAAGUUGCAAUGAAGGAAAUAAGGUCUGAGUUGCUUGACAAAGGAGAUAUAGAGAGGUUUUGGGAUGAGAAGAUGAAUGAAGAAAGAGCCCGAGGACUUGAGGUUCAAAAACUUUAUAUUGCUGCAUUACAUGAUUUGGAACAUGAAAAAACUGUGCAGGAGAAAACUUUGGCUGAGCAUUUGAAGGAGAAGGCAACCAUGGACUGUCAAAGGCAACUGCUUCUUGGUCUGAAGGACGAGGUUGAUGAGAUGUCAGAAAGGCUUACAUCAGAGAGGUCUAUGUAUGUAGCUGAACAGUGUAAGCUACAGGAGUUGCUAAGUGAAUUGCAGACUAAGCAGGAAGGGAUGCUUGAUAAAAAAUCAAUAGCAGAAGCUGAAACAGAAGCUCUUCGAAUUCUUAGAUCUUGGGUAGAGGAUGAAGCUAGGAAAAGCCAAGCCCGUGCUAAAGUUCUUGAGGAGGUAGGACGACGGUGGAAAUGGGACAACCAAGCUUGAAUAUAAUGGUUCCCUGGUGAAAAUUUCAGUAAUUGCAUGAAAAUUCUCUCUUGGUGGGCCUGAAAAUUUCAGUAAUUACAUUAAAAUUCUCUCUUGGUGGGCUAUUUGAGAAUCCGUGGUCGCUAAUGUAAUAUGAGAUGGAUGAUUAUGGUCUUUUGCAUUAUUUAUAGUGUAGCUUUUGUUAGUUCUGGAUUAAUGAAGCAAUUAUAGAGUUCAUGAGGUUCCAGAUAAUGUUGACAAACAUUUUCACUUUCAAGUUUUCGAUUCUGUUCAGUGGCAAGCCUGGAAGAGAAUAAAUUAUGGAGGUUACCCCAGUUAAGGCUGAAGCAAUAGAUUUACUACUUAUUUCACUGUGAUGGAUUCUACUGUGGGUUUCACACUUGACGGUUUAGACUUUGUACUCGCAAUUGCCGAUUCCUUAACUGAUUGUAUACUUGCGAUUGCACUGAGCGCUUCACGUCAAUGAAAAGGCAUAUCCAGUA